ACAAGUACAUUUACUUCAGGCCAGUAAAAAAGUAAUAACUACUUACAUUUGCUAUGUCCUAAUCCUAAGUUGGAGGAUGAUAUUAGCCGCUACUCUUGCAUUGGUCUUGACAUUUGGUGCAACACUCGUGCCCAAUGUUACUGAAGAGCAUCUUAUUGAGCACUGGAAAUAUGACCGAGAAACCCGCCGAAAGGUUCUUCAUGAAAAACUUUCCAAAGCCUUUGCUGAAGAGGAUACUAAGCGUAAAAAACCAUGCACAGCGACCGAUUGGUCUCUAGACAAUUUUAUAGAAAGAUAUUUGGCCGAAGCACCCCAUCAUUCUCUGUACAGGCCACCCGAGAACGAGACCAUCGACAACCUAAUAGAAAAUAAUGAUAAGGCGCUCUUCCAUCCCUACGUUUUUGAGGAUUAUUUCAAAAAAUAUGGCAUAGGUGAAAAUAAAGAACGAGAAAAGAACGUCAAUAAAACUCCAGACAGUUGGAAGUUUACAGACUUCAUAGAAAAAUAUGAGGCAACGACGGUAUGGGAACAGAUCAAACAAGAAGCGCUGAUCAUAGGACGCAACGAUACUCAUGAUAUAAAAUUCUUCCUAUUAUCGAAAGGCGUGGACUCGACAGACGAGCUGCUAGGUCUCGAAGUUCCGCGUACCGGUCGCCGGUUUUGGAACAACCAGUGGCCAGUACCGCUUCCAGAGGACCGCGAGAGCUUGAAAAACGGCGACCUUGAAACCAUCAUAUACUUCAUGAGACAAGCCAUUUACCACACCAGGGACAGAAUGAAGGUCAUGCAACAACUAAGAGACAAAUACAGGGCACGAGCGGUGUACAAGAUGGGAUACCUUUUUGCUAAAACUGAUUACGCAUGUAAAAUUUUCGGUUCUCUCGCAUUUAAAGCGUUCACAGAUUGUUCAGUGACGCGAAACAAAAUAUUUGGAGAGAAUCGUGUAUUCAAAUUUUACCUGGAUAUAGCGUACAAUAUUGAGCGGUUGUUAGCCAGAUGGUUCGAUGUGGAUAUGUCUAAAGAUUUACUGAUGUCAAACGAUUUCAUAGCUCGGAAAGUUUUGUUAAAGGACAAGAAUCUAACUACGCCUGCGAUGGUUAACGAGGCUUUCGACCAAAUGUUCAUCGAGUAAGCUGGUCUAUCCCCUAGAGCCGCCCACACAUCAAAACUUGCCAACACAAAUGCAAUUAUAUUCGUCAAAAUAAUCAUUUAAAAUAGAACAGAA